UGCCAUUAGAGGCCACCGAAACAGCAUAAUAACAUCCAAUCCUCGAUGUCGAGAGAAAUGAAUCACCGCAUUAACCAGAGUGCCCAGAGCGGAAGCCAGCCGCACCAUGCCAUUGACAUCGGCAAUCUGCUACCGAAAUUGAAGAGGAAGACCCAAGAGAUGCCGAAACAGUUGAGCCAAACUGCGGGCAGGAACUCCUGUUGCAUCUUCAGGGUCCCUCGGAGUCUGGCCAAGAUCAAUGAGAAAGCCUAUCAGCCCCACAUACUCUCCAUUGGCCCGUACCACCAUGGCAACAAGGAGUUCAGCAUGAUCGAGGAGCACAAGGGUCAAUUCCUCCAUGACCUCCUCGCCCGGAUAGAGGAAAGAGGUGUUGGGUUCGUGGACUUGGUCAGGGCCAUUGCACCGAUGGAGGAUGAGAUCCGCGAGAGCUACUCGGAAACCUUGGACGUCGAUAGCCAAGACCUCAUUCAAAUGAUGAUACUCGACGGUUGCUUCAUCGUUGAGCUCUUCUGCAAAGUCGGGAAGUUGGUUCCCCUGCAUUCUGACGACCCGCUAUUGAGCAUACCUUGGAUGCUGCCUUUCCUGACGCGUGACCUCCUUGCACUCGAGAAUCAAAUCCCGUUUUUCGUCCUCGAGCCCAUAUUCACAUUGGUCAUGGGAUUGAGCGACAACAACGAUUACUCUUUGGCCGAGCUUGCGCUGAAAUUCUUCAACCGCAUGGAUGACAGGCCGACCAAAGUCCUAAAGAAGUAUUACAAGAAGGAAGGGAAGCAUUUGCUCGACCUGUUCCGGUUGAGCUAUAUCCCGGAGGCUCAAGAAACAUCCAGGCAGCCGAGCAAGUUCCUCCGCCUGAUUCAGCCGGCGAAGAAGCUCGGCGUGGCCGGAGUCAAGUUCAAGCCGAGGAAUUCUUCCAGCUUCUUGGAUAUCAAAUUCAGGAACAUCAACGGCACCCUAGAAAUCCCGGUCCUCAAACUCGAUGACUUCCUGAGUUCUCUCUUGCUCAACUUCGUUGCGUUUGAGCAGUGCUACCACCACUGCACGAAGCACAUCACGACCUACGCUACUUUCAUGGGACGCCUCAUGAACACGCCGGCCGACGCCGGGUUCCUCAGCGACCGCAAGAUCGUGGAGAACUACUUUGGCGGAGACGAGGAAGUGGCUCGCUUCUUCAGUAUCAUUGGGAAAGAUGUGGUAUUCGAUAUCGAAAGGAGCUAUCUGUCUGAGGUUUUCGAGGACGUGAACCGGUACUACCAAAAUGGUUGGCACGUCCGAUGGGCCGGCUUCAAGCACAUGUACUUCAACACCCCAUGGUCCUUCAUGUCGGCCUUGGCGGCACUCAUUCUCCUGAUACUCACCAUGGUUCAGUCCUUCGUUGCUGUCUAUGCAUAUUUCUAUCCUCCUGCCAACAAGAAUUAGCAGAAGUCUGGGUUUGCCAUCUUCAGGAAUUGGUCGAGGUUGAGCUGCAGAUUAAAACUUGAGCUGCAAAUCUUGUAGAAUCUGUUGGGUGUUAUGUUAUUGAAGGUUCAAAUGGUUCUUGACCACUUGUGUUGAAUCAGCCCAUGUAAAUGCAGCGACAUAUAAUUAUUAGCUCUA